AUGGGAGUAAUCAAGACGGAUGUGGAGAAACCGCUUAGCUCCGAUCAGAUUAAAAAUAAUGUAAAUUACUUGAAAAGGAAACUCGGGAAAGACACUUCUCCACUUUAUCAGCGUUUAUACUCUGAUGUAAAUGAGAUCUCAGUUCACAGUUUAACUUAUAAGGACCCCUUAGCCAGUCAAGUUAUUAGUGAUACAUCAACCCUCAUACAAAGAUUGCCUGGACAUCUAAAAAAAGCAUUUAUGAAACCAACACGGCUGAUGAAACCUCCGCUUAUGCCAAGGAUUAAAGACCUGUGUAGAGAAUUUGUAUCGAAUACUUCCAGCCAUAAUUAUUCCAAUAGAUCACCAGAAAAGUUAAUCCACGAUGGGACAUGGAAAGAAUCCGAAAAAGAAAUCACAUGCGUUGUAAAGGAAAUUUUUGGUGUUCUCGAGGAUAUUUGGAAUAACCCAGCCCUUGAUUUCGAAGUAUCAAAAUCGUUAAAUGAAGGAACUUAUCAAUCUACCGUUAUUGUACCAGCUAUUCGAGCAGUAUUAAGAAAUCUUCCUUUUAGGACAUCCUCCUUUAUCACUACCUCGGAAAAACAGAGUAUUGCUAGUGCCGAUAGGAAGGGGAAUGGGCAAAUGGGGAGACGUCCAGAUAUCAUGCUAGCAAUGAGGUAUUUGGAUGUGACCUUUGAACUUAUGUAUGUUGAAUGCUCCCGCUUAAUUUGUAGCCCACAGAAAAAGAUCGAUGACGAGAUAAAAUUAUGGCGUGAGACUAAUGACGGACUAUAUUGGACGCGAAAAACUCUUAAUCCGGAUAAAGAUCAAUUCGGAAUAGUUGGGGUGCAAAUAGCAGGUGAUACCUUACAUCUGAAUGUUCUUGUCAGGGAUAAAGUCAAUAUUCAUAGAUAUUAUCAUAUUCAAUCGGCUACAAUUCCUGUGCGAAUAUCAGAUGAAGAUGUAGUAACUAAUACAUCAGAAAGACAGAGAGAAGAUAGUACUACAGUUUCCACUCCACUAUACGAUAUUUAG